AUGUCUGACAAACACUCUCCAUUCUACGAUUCAAAUGGCUCGAGCAGCAUGAGGCCUUCCCGCAGCGAAGAUGCGAAAAACAACAAGACAUCUGCAUAUUUCGAUUCAAAUGGUUCAAACAGCAUGAGAAUUCCACAUCAAGAUGCAGAUGAAGACAGGACAUCUGCAUACUUCGAUGAUGGUUCAAUCAGCAUGACAGGCUUGCAGCAGGAAGAUGGUUCUUCACACUAUAGCUAUGGAAGACGCCAUGAUUCAUUGGGACCAUAUGUGCCGUCGCCUCAAACUCCAGUCGUCUCACCACAACCUUCACCAAGAAAUGUUGAUAGAUCGCCGUCCACGCCAAGACCUGCACAAUCAGUGCCAAAUGGAGUUGAAAGACAACCUUUUGUUGACAGUGACACUGUUGAUGAGGCCAUUCCCAACGGCGUGGGGGUGAUGAGUUUCAUGGCUGGAAGGAGGAAUAGAAUGUAUGAGGUUGAAUCUUCUAGAAGGGCUCCCGCUCCACAACGGACGCCCACUCCCCUUGCGCAAGCGCCAGCUGUGCCUGACAGAAAGACAGGGGAGCAUGGACAAAUGACGCUGUCGAGUGUGCUGCAGUACUUAUCAGACAAUGCAGAAAACGUUGUCAGGAGUAUGAUGCUUUGGGAAAAGUUGACAGGCGGUCAGAUGGAUCAAGGCUUUCUGUGCUGUCCAAUAACACAGGAAAUGUUUAGAGAUCCAGUCCUGGCAUCAGAUGGUAACACUUAUGAGAGGUCGGCGAUAACAGAGUGGCUCUUCACCAAAAACAGCAACACAUCUCCCUUGACUGGCGCCCCACUGCCCAGCAAAGAGUUGGUGCCCAACCAUCUGGUGGCCAAAAUCGUUGAAGAACUGAGGUGA